AUGCACGAGUCCUACAAAGUAACUAAAUGUUGUCAGUCUAUUAAUAUUUCUGAUGUCCAACAAGAUGUAUCUAAAUGGAAAAGGUGGAUAAUUGUGCAUACUGGAAGUGAGAAUGAUUUUGUGCCUAAUGAACUAUUAAUAUUUACUGGUAAAAACAAGCAAGAUGAUUACCAUUCUGAGAUGUAUGCCCAUAAUUUUACAAAACGGGUAACUGAAAAGUUAGUGCCCAACAUAACUGAACCAUCAAUAAUUGUGAUGGAUAAUGCACCAUACCACUCCAUUAUAACAAACAAGGCACCUACAUCUGCAUUAAAAGUUGAUGAAAUCAAAUUGUGGCUACUGGAAAAUAAUAUUCCAUUUGAUGACACAUUGUGGACACCAUCCUUAUUGAUGCUUGUAAAAAAACAUAAACCUGACUGCUGA